GGCGGCUACUUCCCGGAGCAUGUGAAGGCGAUGACCAGCCUGCGCUGGCUGAAGCUGAACCGGACGGGGCUCUGCUACCUGCCCGAGGAGCUCGCUGCCCUCCAGAAGCUGGAGCACCUCUCCGUGAGUCACAACAGCCUCACUACGCUCCACGGCGAGCUCUCUGGCCUGCCCUGCCUCCGGGCAAUUGUGGCUCGUGCAAACAGCCUGAAGAAUUCAGGAGUCCCCGAUGAUAUCUUCCAGCUGGACGACCUCUCGGUGCUGGACCUGAGCUACAACCAGCUCACAGAGUGUCCCCGGGAACUGGAGAAUGCCAAGAACAUGCUGGUCCUCAACCUCGGCCACAACAGCAUCGAGACCAUCCCCAACCAGCUCUUCAUCAACCUGACGGACCUGCUCUACCUUGACUUGAGCAACAACAAGCUGGAGAGCCUCCCACCACAGAUGAGACGCCUGGUCCACCUCCAGACUCUCAUCCUCAACAACAACCCCCUCCUGCACGCGCAGCUCCGGCAGCUCCCAGCGAUGACGGCCCUGCAGACCCUCCACCUCAGGAACACCCAGCGCACGCAGAGCAACCUGCCCACGAGCCUCGAGGGCUUGGUGAACCUGGCAGAUGUGGACCUGUCCUGCAACGACCUCAGCCGUGUCCCUGAGUGCCUCUACACACUGGGCAGCCUACGGCGCCUCAACCUCAGCAGCAACCAGAUCACGGAGCUGUCCCUCUGCAUUGACCAGUGGACCCAGCUGGAGACCCUCAACCUGUCCCGCAACCAGCUCACCUCCUUGCCUUCAGCCAUCUGCAAGCUGACCAAGCUGAAGAAGAUGUACCUGAACUCCAACAAGCUCGACUUUGAUGGGAUCCCCUCAGGCAUUGGCAAGCUCGUCAACCUCGAGGAGUUCAUGGCAGCCAACAACAACCUGGAGCUCAUCCCCGAGAGCCUGUGCAGGUGCUCCAAGCUGAAGAAGCUGGUGCUGAACAAGAACCGCCUGGUGACGCUACCAGAGGCCAUCCACUUCCUGACGGACGUGGAGAUCCUGGACGUGCGCGAGAACCCCAACCUGGUGAUGCCCCCGAAGCCAGUGGAUCGGACGUCGGAGUGGUACAACAUCGACUUCUCUCUGCAGAACCAGCUCCGCCUGGCCGGAGCCUCCCCAGCCACCGUUGCAGCCGCCGCAGCAGGGAGCGGCACCAAGGACCCGUUGGCCCGCAAGAUGCGGCUCCGGCGGCGCAAGGACUCUGCCCAGGACGACCAGGCCAAACAGGUGCUGAAGGGGAUGUCGGACGUGGCCCAGGAGAAGAACAAGAAGAUAGAGGAGAGCGGGGAGGCGAAGGCAUCAGACCCCCGCUGGGACCGGGCCCUGGAGAAGCCACAGCUGGACUACUCGGAGUUCUUCAGCGAGGACGUGGGGCAGCUGCCCGGCCUCUGCGUCUGGCAGAUUGAGAACUUCGUGCCUACGCUGGUGGAUGAGGCUUUCCAUGGCAAGUUCUAUGAGGCCGACUGCUACAUCGUGCUCAAGACCUUCCUGGAUGAGAACGGCUCCCUCAACUGGGAGAUCUACUACUGGAUCGGGCAGGAGGCCACGCUGGACAAGAAGGCCUGCUCCGCCAUCCAUGCUGUCAACCUCCGCAACUACCUGGGUGCUGAACGCAACUACCUGGGUGCUGAAUGCUGCAGCAUCCGGGAGGAGAUGGGGGACGAGAGCGACGAGUUCCUCCAGGUCUUCGACAACGACAUCUCCUACAUCGAGGGCGGCACGGCCAGCGGCUUCUUCACUGUGGAGGACACACAUUACGUCACCAGGCUGUACCGUGUCUAUGGGAAGAAGAACGUGAAGCUGGAGCCAGUGGCACUGAAAGGGACAUCGCUGGACCCCCGGUUCGUCUUCCUCCUGGACCACGGCCUCAACCUCUUUGUGUGGCGUGGGAGCCAGGCCACGCUGAGCAGCACCACCAAGGCCAGGCUCUUUGCCGAGAAGAUCAAUAAGAACGAGCGGAAGGGCAAGGCGGAGAUCACGCUGCUCACCCAGGGCCAGGAGACCCCCGACUUCUGGGAGACCCUGGGGGGGCAGCCCGAGGAGAUCCGGCCCUGCGUCCCCGAUGACUUCCAGCCCCACAAGCCCAAGCUGUACAAGGUCGGCCUGGGGCUGGGCUACCUGGAGCUGCCCCAGAUCAACUACAAGCUCUCAGUGGAGCACAAGAAGAGGCUGAAGGCUGAUCUGAUGCCAGAGAUGCGCCUGCUGCAGAGCCUGCUGGACACCAAGAGCGUGUACAUCCUGGACUGCUGGUCCGACGUCUUCAUCUGGAUCGGGAGGAAGUCGCCACGGCUGGUGCGGGCAGGCGCAAUGCAACCGCGACCGGAGCUGUGUGGCAUGCUGCACCGGCCCAAGCACGCCAUGGUCACCAGGAACCUGGAGGGCACCGAGUGCCAGGUGUUCAAGUCCAAGUUCAAGAACUGGGACGAUGUCCUGCAUGUGGACUACACUCGCAAUGCCGAGACGGUGCUGCAGGAGGGCGGCCUCGCCGGCAAGGUCCGCAAGGAUGCUGAGAAGAAGGACCAGAUGAAGGCAGACCUCACAGCGCUCUUCUUGCCCCGCCAGCCCCCCAUGCCCCUGAGCGAGGAAGCCUUCCAGUGCAUCGUCUACUUCUGGCAGGGCCGGGAGGCCUCCAACAUGGGCUGGCUCACCUUCACCUUCAGCCUCCAGAAGAAGUUUGAGAGUCUUUUCCCCGGCAAGCUAGAGGUCGUGCGCAUGACCCAGCAGCAGGAGAACCCCAAGUUCCUCUCGCACUUCAAGAGGAGGUUUGUCAUCCACCGGGGCAAGCGGAAGGACAGGGCCAGCCCACCCCAGCCCCCCAGCCUCUACCGCAGCCGCACCAACGGCGGGGCCCUCUGCACCAGGUGCAUCCAGAUCAACACAGACGCUGGUCUGCUCAACUCAGAGUUUUGCUUCAUCCUCAAGGUGCCCUUUGAGAGCACGGACAACCAGGGCAUCGUCUACACCUGGGUGGGCCGGGCAGCUGACCCCGAUGAGGCCAAGCUGGCCGAGGACAUUAUGAACCACAUGUUUGAUGAUUCCUACAGCAAGCAGGUGAUCAACGAGGGAGAAGAGCCCGAAAACUUCUUCUGGGUGGGCAUCGGGAGCCAGAAGCCCUACGAUGAAGAUGCCGACUAUAUGAAGCACUCCCGGCUCUUUAGGUGCUCCAACGAGAAGGGCUAUUUCUCAGUGUCAGAGAAGUGCUCCGAUUUCUGCCAGGAUGACCUGGCUGAUGAUGACAUCAUGCUGCUGGACAACGGGCGAGAGGUCUACAUGUGGGUGGGCACCCAGACCAGCCAGGUGGAGAUCAAGCUGAGCCUCAAGGCAUGCCAGGUCUACAUCCAGCAUAUGCGCUCCAAGGACCCCACGCGUCCCCGCAAGCUCCGGCUGGUACGGAAAGGCAACGAGCCCUGGCCCUUCACCCGCUGCUUCCACGCAUGGAGCGUCUUCCGCAAGCCACCCGCCUAAGGGCCAGGGGCACCCAGCACUCUGGUUACAGCCCCCCCGUGGCACAGACGGACCCCCCCCGCUGCCACCCACGCCUGCUCCCAGGCAAGCUCAACCCUUGGAGCCGCUUCUCCCUGAGCUGGGGCCAGCAGGGAGCACUGGGGCUCACGCUCUGUCCCCCCUUCCCCCAGCACAGGGCCCAGCUCAGCCCCUUUCCCUCCUGGGGGGCAGACAGG